UUUUUGAAAAUUUGUGUCAGAAAGCUACUGUAACGUCCUAGGAACUCGGUGUUUGUAUACAAAUUUUCUCCCAAAAUUCUUCUGUAAUCAAAUCAUAUCCACAUUUCGCACCGACGAAAACAUUUUAUUCUCCAUUUCUGGAUUAUUUUUUUCUUUUUUCUCCAAAUUCGCCUGAUUUCAAUCUGCAGACACUAUUGUCCUUGUAUCUCAUGAAGACAUCUCUCAGUCUUGUCGAAUAUAUAGUCCAGAAGAAGCGCAUUCAUACUGAAAUGAUGUGGCCGAGAAGACCAAAAUGCUCCAACGACUCUACCGCCGUACUUGUAUUUGUUUUAGUCAUAUUUUUUGUGUACACCCUGAUGACUUACAAUGAGGCUCAGAAAGAAAACUUCAAGGACUUGGAAGGUAUUGAAAUGUCUGAGGGAAGAAUGAACAAUGCCACGUUGAAACUGCUUGAGGGGAUCGAUGUUACAGAAGCUGUAACUACAGUAACCUCAGAAGUGAAAGCUGAUCUGAAAAUUGCCAUAGUCGUUGAUGAUUUGUGCCCAGUUGAUAGCAAUAAAAGUAUCGAAUGGGUCUCGCCACGCGGAUAGCGAGUUGUUAGUAACUCCUGGUGGCGGGGUGGCGAGACCCAGAUAUGAAAUUGUUAGAUGUAAAGUUAUAUGAUUUCCCAGUGA